GAGAGAGAGAGAGAGAGAAGGAGAGAGGGAGGGCAUCUGAGGGAGGGAAAAAAAGGCUUAAUUAAUUCAGGGUGGAUGGGAGGGAUGUUGCUGCUGUCCCUGCCGAGGCUCCAGUGCCUCUGCUGUCGUGCUGCAUGUAAGCCGAGUGUUUGUGUGGAGCAGAGAGGACGACUCGGCUGCUGCUGACUGCUCACUGGGAACCAGACACCAGUCCAGACCGGCCUCGACUCCGCAUCCUGGAGCCCACUGACUGACCGGCUGGGUGUUCAGCAAACGACCAAAGAGGGAUGUUACAUGGACUAUAGUGGGAGCAGCAAUGGCCAGAGGUCAGAGAAGGCGUGUUUUGAUGCAGACCUGCUGAGAGACGAGGAGUAGUUCUUGACUGUGACAGACAAUCGCAACACAUCCUUUUUUUUUUUGUUUUUUGUGUAUUUGCCGAUCACAGUGACAAAUUCAAAACUUGGAGCACCUCGACCUAAGCACUUGAAAAAUCCUGCUCGAUUGAACAUCAUCAUUUGUUCUGCCUCCUCCUCUUCUCAAGCGGCCUCAGUCGGUUCAACUCUCCAUCUCCUGCGUGCUACAGAGGCAGAGAUGACACCCCAAAACCUCUUCGCCUCAGCCUUGUUACGCAACCUGACCCGAGGAUAACCAUCAAUCCCCCCGAGCGGCACUCAUAAGACCGACGCACUCACAGAGACAGAGCCCCCCCCCCCCCCGGCUCCAGGCAGCAUGGGAGACGGGAGCUGGGUUUGUCUGAGCCCAGCUGAGUUCACCCAGCUGCAGCAAUACAGCGAGUACUCCACAAAGAAGCUGAAGGAUGUGCUGGAGGAGUUUCACGGUGAAGGAGUCCUUUCCAAAUACAAUCCAGAGCAGAAGCAAGACGUUCUCAACCAACCCAUUGAUUAUGAGGGCUUCCAGCUCUUCAUGGCCACUUACCUGGAGAAUGACAUCCCAGAGGAGCUGUGUCAGCACCUCUUCACCUCCUUCAAGAGCAAGACGGGAGGAGGCUCUCCCGAUCCGUCCCGUGCAGGAACAAGCUUACUGGAAACCCGCUCCAUUGACGCAGGCAUCUCUAUUCAGACCGAAGUGGCCUGUGCCCCCAUUACAGGGAUGAAUGGGAAAAGCAUCCUGUCUGCAAUGGGCCGGCACACACCGGAGCUCUCCGGCAUGGCGGGCUCGGCAGCCGCCACCUCCCCUUGCUCCUCUCGCUCCUCCUCGCAGCGUUCAGGGACGGGGGCCCAUACGCCUGGGGGGCCCCAACGAUCACCCUGCACCCAGGUCAAAACCUCAGAGGGGAGCAGCAAUGCCCUGACCCCCAAUGCUGGUCCCGCCAGGUCGCCAGUGUCCCCCAAACUCUCCCCAGAGAGGAGCCACUCUGACAAGCAUUUGUCACUGCGGAGGAGCCCGUCGCCCCAGAAAGGCCCCCCCCUGCCGUCGCCCCAGGUGGUUUUUCUCAAGGACAUCGUCUGCUACCUUUCCCUGCUGGAGAGGGGGACGCCGGAGGACAAGCUGGAGUUCAUGUUCCGGCUGUACGACACAGACGGCAACGGGGUUCUGGACAGCUCGGAGCUGGAUCGCAUCAUCAAUCAGAUGGUGCAUGUGGCAGAGUAUCUGGAGUGGGAUUCAACAGAACUGCGACCGAUACUGAAGGAAAUGAUGGAAGAGAUCGAUUACGACAGAGACGGGACAGUCACGCUGGAGGAGUGGAUCAGAGGAGGCCUCACCACCAUCCCUUUACUGGUCCUGCUGGGCAUGGAAACGAAUGUACAGGAAGACGGGCAACAUGUGUGGCGUCUGAAGCACUUCAACAAACCAGCCUACUGUAACUUCUGCCACACCAUGCUGCUCGGAGUUCGCAAGCAGGGCCUCUGCUGCUCAUUAUGCAAGUACACAGUGCACGAACGGUGUGUGUCCAAAGCCAUCGCUGCCUGCAUCAGCACCUACGCCAAGUCACGAAGACACACCAACGCUAUGCAGCAUGUUUGGAUGGAGGGCAACUCUCCCACCAAGUGCGACCGCUGUCACAGAAGCAUCAAGUGUUACCAGGGCCUGACGGGCCUGCACUGCGUCUGGUGUCAGAUCACUCUCCAUAAUAAGUGUGCAUCUAAUGUGAAGCCGGAGUGCGAUGGAGGAGCCUUGAGGGACCACACUCUGUUGCCCUCGUACAUCUGCCCCGUCGUCUUGGACCGUCAUUCUGUGGUGAAGCGUGGGGAGGGGGAGUCGCCACCCAGCACCAGCCCUGAUGACAUCAAUCAGACUUUCAAAUUCUCCCCUGGAGACGGACAACCACUGCAGAUCACCCCUCUCCCAGGGACUCACCCUCUCCUGGUCCUGGUCAAUCCCAAGAGUGGAGGGAGACAGGGGGAGCGGGUGCUGAGGAAGUUCAGGUACCUCCUAAACCCCAGGCAGGUGUACAAUUUGGAUCAAGGUGGACCAAUGGUAGGGCUCAACUUUUUCCAUGAUGUGCCUGAUUUCCGGGUGCUUGCUUGUGGAGGUGACGGCACUGUGGGCUGGAUCCUCGACUGUAUAGAUAAGGCCAACUUUGCCAGGCACCCUCCGGUGGCCAUCCUCCCUCUGGGCACAGGGAACGACCUGGCUCGCUGCUUACGCUGGGGAGGAGGUUACGAGGGCGGCAGCCUGAUGAAGUUCCUUCGGGACAUCGAGCACAGCAACGAGGUGGUGCUCGACCGCUGGAACAUCGACAUCGUCCCCGAUGACAAGGAGGAGAAGGGAGACCCUGUCCCCUACAGCAUCGUCAACAACUACUUCUCUAUCGGAGUGGAUGCCUCCAUCGCCCAUCGCUUUCAUCUGAUGCGAGAAAAGCACCCUGAGAAGUUCAACAGCAGAAUGAAGAACAAGCUGUGGUACUUUGAGUUCGGCACCACUGAGACCAUAUCUGCCACCUGCAAGAAACUUAACGAAUGCAUAGAAUUGGAGUGCGACGGGAUCAUCAUGGACCUCAGCAACACCUCCUUAGAGGGCAUCGCUGUGCUCAACAUUCCCAGCAUGCACGGCGGCUCCAACCUGUGGGGCGAGACGAAGAAGAGGAGGAACUACAACCGCAUGAGCAAAAAGGUUCCCGACAGGAUGCCGGCCAGCACCGUCACGGACGCUAAAGAGCUUAAAUUUUGCAUGCAAGACUUCAGUGACCAGCUGGUGGAGGUUGUUGGCCUAGAAGGGGCGAUAGAGAUGGGACAGAUCUACACUGGACUGAAGAGUGCCGGACGCAGACUGGCUCAGUGUGCCAACGUCACCAUCAGGACGUCCCGGCGGCUGCCGAUGCAGAUCGAUGGGGAGCCCUGGAUGCAGCCCCCCUGCACGAUCAGGAUCACACACAUGAACCAGGUCCCCAUUUUACUGGGUCCGCCUCAGAAGACACCGUUCUUUUUCUUCAAGAGACGUAACCGGAGCCGCGACUAGGACACGUGCAUGCACGCAAAGACAGACACAGACACAGUACACACAUAUAUACAUGCCACCCACUGUUUUUUCCCCAAAGGAACCUGCAGUGAUGGCACCCAAAAUGAAAAGACUCUCAGUAAACAGUACCGACCUAUUCCUGUGUAACCGUCGUCCUCUAGUCUCGUCCCCAAACCUCCGUCUCAGCCAUGGAUUUAAAGUUUCAAAAGCCAAGUCUCUCAGCCCACACCGCCCCAAAACCUGCCCGAAAAACUCAGCGAUGUGCAAGUAGCGCACUGCCCAAACUCAACUAUGGCUGCCGGGAUUCCAUAGCAGCCCUUGAACAAAGUACAGAAAGCGAUCGUGAGGGGAAGGAAGGUUAAAGAGGGCGGGUAGUCCUAUGAGAACGAAAGAUCUCUCAACACACUACAGUGAGAAAGAGAAGGAGGUAAAGAAAAAAAAGAGAGAGCGGUGUGGCAGUAAUCGUGGUUGUUUACAAGGCCGGUGAGUAAAUAGAGAGUAAGAUCCGCCUCUUCGUGAAAACACCUGUAUGAAUAAUGAAACAGUGGUUGCUUGUAAGAGCACAAGCUCCGGGGGCCUCCCCACAGACUGACAGCACGGUAGAGGAAAAGCCUCAUCCAUUAUUGACUUGUUUUGUUUGUGGGUUGACGGCAGUGGGGGCGUAACAGUGGCCUGGAAUGGUUUGAAACAUGCAGGGAUUUUUUUGGGCCCCUUAGCAUCACUGGCCUACAAAAACAGAUCCUUUAAAUCAUAUUUACAAACCGUGUCGAUGAUCUGGCGGUAGACUUCAGGCAGAGGAAGUUCCUGUCCAACUGUGCACAGUCAUCACUGUAGAAAUUGAGUCUAGGUAGAGAGUGGAGCUUUCUUUAAGUUACUACAAGGAACUUUUAACGGUGUAAUAGACAGACUCAGUGUAAUACUGAUGCCCCUAUAUGACCUACAUAAGCAAACAAGACCAUCAGCCAGAGGACUGGCCCUUUCUACAUCGUUAUUCUUGAUGCCUGCCAUCAGGUCCAAAUCCUCACAACAUCAGACAAAAUGUUCUUCAGCAUGCAGGUUCACCAGAAAUGUCUUCAGCUCAGACUCCAGCGACCAGACCUAAAUCCGGCUUCGCUCAACACUGGGAUGGCGGGAGGCAACGUCAACACCUCGCUGCUGGCCAAGGCCGUACUGCUGGGUCCGCUGGAGAGAAGGGAGGCACGGGAGUACAAGAACCAGGACUGCGCGGGGGGGCACACUGUCAGACCCCUGCUGCAGUAAAAGGAGGUCCGGCAGCUGCAUCUUUUCGACACAAAGCGGUGGGUGCUCAUGGAAGCACUUCUGCUUUUGUCCACAGGGGCCGCCAGAAUUAACACAGAAUGAAAGUUCCUUGUAGUAAGUUUAAGAAACUAGUUCCGUCAUCAGAGGGUGUACGUGUUGAUGGACGACCUCGUAUCGGCAAUUUGUUGUGACUAUUGUGAGCAUGUGUGGAGUGCGUCUCCCAAGCGAACAGGACUACUGCGUGUCCGAGAUGUCCGCACCUGUCCGUGUACGCAUCCAUUUGGCAGCACAACCGAGGAUUGACACUACCAUCCAACAGCUCCUGUGUACCGUAUGCCAUAGGACAAUUUUAGUGGGUCAAGGAUUGAAAUAAGUCCGCUCAAGGGUAUAACAGCAGGGCCCACGGGGUUUUUAUUUACCAGAGCAUUGACAGGGAACUAAAUUUAUCCCUCUAUUUCAGGGAGGGUCUAUCCUCCAGUGAAACCCUACGCCUAAUUACUGUGUCAAACAUCAACUCACAAUGUCAACUGUGCUGUCAGAGUGCAAAUCCCAGAGCCUGCCCCUACUGCUUUAAUGCAUUGAUUUAUCUAUACUAAAUAAAGAUGUGAUUGUGUUUGAUGGAAGACAGAUAUGACAGUCAGACGCUGUUGGCCAGAGAGCUUAUAGUUCAGUGUUUAUAAAGAAUGUAUCCAUAUUACUGUCCCCUCAAUAUGGCAAAUUACGUAUAGUAGUGUGUGCUGAAAGAGUAUAUGUGUAUAUCUGGAAAGUAGCAGAGUAGCUCACAAAUACUGUACACACAAAUGUGUUUCAAUAUAUCAUUGUUAUUAAUGUGGAAAUCUUAGCUUAGAGGAGUUCAGAUCAGUAUUCUUCGCCGUACAGAGUUGCUGCAGUCGCUCUCUGAAGGCAGUUUUUCCACUUUGUCUAAUUCCCAUUGUUUGAGGUUUCGGUUGAGUGUUGCAUCAACUUCUCUCCCCGGCUUGGCUUCUUCCUUGCUUGUAGAAGACACGGGAGCAACAAAGCAAAAUUACAAAAAAAUCAAAAUGACCUCAGAAAAAGGUUGUGGGUAAUGAGAAUAUUUCGUCACACACAGUUUACCAUAAAGUCAAGGAUGAACUUUUAAUGCUCGAGAAAAUUACUGACGAGAUUCUCAAAGAGAAUGUGAAUGUGUGAAUGUUAAAACUCGAAUGAUCCAUACGUGAUGUGAGUUAGACGUGAGUGGGAAACUGCCUUGCACCCUGCUGAGAUGUAAGUGCAGGGCGGAGGGCGGAGGGAGACUGCUGGGAUGUUCUGAUGGUACAAACUGAGCUCCACUGUAGGGUCGGGCUUUUGAAGCCUUUAUACCCUACUUCCCUUUAAAAUGCACUGAGUCAUUACUCUUGCACCCAGGCCCCAUGAAAACAGGAUGUGUCCUCAUACGCUGUAGAUAUUCACCCCCACUCAGGUGUGAGUUUGUGUUCCUCCAAUCAUCAACUAGUUCAGGUUAGCCAUGUGUCACUGUCAUCCAUCUCAAUGGUUUAUGUUUGAAUAUACACCAAUUAAAAGCCAUUGGACAUAACUGGCAUUGCAGCAGUGUGGGAGCGCCACAAGACAAGAAGUACAGCACAUCAUUUUCUCCUUCAUUUGUAGUUGUGCCCAACGGAGCCUGGGUGGCGAGAGAACUCGGUGGGAAAAGAGUGCAUGUUUACAGUAACUUUACAUUUAUUGAGAGAAUUGUUUUAGACAGCUAUAUUACCAAGUGUAUAUAUUUGUUUAUAAUAUUUUAGCUGAGGUUGACUUACAUCACCGCAUGCCUGCUGAAACAAAAGGAGAGUGAACAAAGAGGAGAGUGUGGAUCAGACUAUUCAAACUUAUUUCUUUGCUUAAAAAUUACAUUUAUCUGAUAUAUUUAUUUGUUGUGGUUUUAUUUUUUUAUUUUAUUUUUUUUGACAGCAGCACGUUUAGAUUUAGAAUCAUGUGCAAGAAAAGGCGCGGGAGAAGCCGUCUGGUUACAUUAAAAAGAACCGAAAGUAGAAUUCCCAGAUGAAGUUUCCACCAUUACAACAUCCAUUUGUGAUUUACUGUGGAAUCAAAGGGCAGCGACACGAACAAAUUUCCAAUACGUGUCACAAUCCAUGUCUAUUGCUGUCCUUUCAAGUAAUCAAUUGCCUUAACAAAUAAAUGGAUCCGCUCUGUGCUCACAGCUCUGCACGGUGCUCACACGGGAUGAAAAGUAAAUCAUUCAAUCGCAAAGAAAGGAUGAUUAUUUGUUGCAACACAUUGCCCUAGAAAUGACUGUCAACAGCUGGCCCAUCGCAUUUAGACGAGCACAUCGCAGACUAUUCUGUCAAUAUUUGGCAACCCAGGGUAGUGAUUUCUGUGUCAUAACCUUCAGUUAGCAGCAGAGGUUAGUUACCAUCAUAGUAAUGGUAUGAUUUGCUGCAACUGAGUUGACCUAUAUUAUCAAACAGGGAGGGAUGAUAUCUGUGUCCAUCUUUAUCUGCAGGCUGAGUUUCCUGAAGCAAGUUCUCUUUAAAGAUAAAGCGACAAAACCCAUGAAAUGAGACAAAAGCCAACAAUGUGUUACCCUGUCUGUGGCACUCACUACUAGCCCGUUUGUUCUGAAUACUUAAAUCUAAAAAGAAAAUAAAUAGGUCACAUAUAUUUAUUUAUUUUGUUACGGCUCUGUGAUGUCCUUAAACAGAUGGGCACUGCAGAUUUUUCGCAAAAAAUGUUAAAAUUGGAGUAAGGGUAAAUUUGUUGGGGACUAUUUUUCCGCAGCGGAUUGAUACACAUGCGGCUGCAGAAAGGUGUAAGUGGGAUUGACUCAAAAACUACAGCACCGCUGUUUAUUGAAAAGCAGCGACAUGUCACCCAGUGCAACGCUGUGGCUCACUCAUGUUUUUAUAGCUCAUUGGACAAAAAGUAGUAAAGAUUAAUCUGUUUAAGGCUUUGCUACACGUGCAAUACUUGUUGGUUUUGGUGCUUUCAUGGGAUUUGUUCGCAAUAAUAAAAAUAUAGAAUAUUACCAGCCUUAUCCUAUAUUCUGUUUUACUACAUUUUGGAUAUUUGAUAACUGACCAGAUGUCAAAACAUUCAAAAGGCCGAUAUUGUUCACCAAGUUCAGUGAAAGGUAAAGAAAACUCCAGCCGUGGACGCCUAAGUUUAUCACACUGGUUAACUUUUUCUUCCGUUUGAGAUUUUUGGUUUGGUUUUGUGAAAGAUGUUUGGCAACUCUCAGUAAAGUGACAGCAAGCUUGUCACAUUCAGCCACCGGCUCUAUGUUUAGUUACCGGGCAGGUUUCCUGUUGAAGAAGAAAAGAAAACCUUUUACAAAACACAUGACUCUCUAGUCGACUCAAGCUGCUGUUGGUGGAAAAGUUGGUUUCCCUGCAUCUCUGGUUUCUCCUUGUAUGACUCUUAAAGCUCAAAGUGAUGACUCAGGAGAGCAGUCCUUGGACUAAAACCUGCCUCACAGUGAUGAUUCUGUCUCUGUCAAAUGAAGAAUAUUGUAGUCACACUGGAAAUAUCUCAUCAGUCAUAUUAUUCAUUAGAAGAAAAGAAAAACUACUCAAGAAAAAAUAACCAGGAAUGCCACACAUACACCAGAUUUAAUACAUUUCUGGUAGAUUUCUCCCUUAAAGGAAUAGUUUGACAUUCUGGGAAAUAUUUUAACUAAUUAAUUAAUUAAAAGAUGAUACCGCUGUCAUGUCAGUGCGUACGCAGACCGGAAGCUGGGAGGCAAUUAGCUUAGCUUAGCAUAAAGACUGGAAGCAGUGGGAAGCUUAAGUCAUCAUAAUUAAACCCAAAUGCACCUAAUGAUAAAAUCAAAUUAUCUUUUCUGUCUGUAAAACAAAAUAUGAAGUGGGCUUACUGAAGCCAUUACCAACAUAUUUCAACCAAUAAUAUCAUGACAUCCAUCAAUCAAUCAAUCAAUCAAUCUGCAACCUUUAGGGACAACAGAGGGAACAUAUUUAGACCGAAGAGAAGUAACGUACAGACGUCGUAUACGGCUCUGUUAGCGGUAGCCACCUGUCAAUCACAGUAAGCCCCGCCGUAAAGCAUCCCCUGCUUUAUGGUCUGUUUGACGCUAAA